AUACAUUGGCUGUUGCAGUAUGAUCGUAAUCAGCUGAGUGGCUUUGUCUUGUGGGUGGUGGAGCUGUGUUUGUUGUCUUUUAGUGUCAGGGUAUUUUUUAUUUUUUUACAUAAAUUGCUACUACAGACUCGUUUUAGAGUACUUAAAUUAGGCGAAGGUGUUUAUAUACAUAUUUAUACGUAAUUUACCAUAGAGUCUAGGCGUAGACAUUUGUAUAACCGUUGUAGUCGGGGGGCGGGAGAGGGUUUGCAGGGUUUUGUCAAAACCAUUCGAUGCUAUUCGUUUGUGUGCCACACUACUUGUGUCGGGCUACUAGCAGAGUGAAUUUGCGUGUACAGCGCAAUAAAUAAUUACAAAACAUUAGGACCGCAUUAUCAAUUAGCGAGUCGGUACACACACAAACACACGCAAGUACUAGAAUUCAGCCUCCUUCGCAAGAAAUGAAAAUCAAGGAUGCCAAAAAGCCAUCCUUCCCUUGGUUCGGCAUGGACAUCGGCGGGACGCUGGUGAAGCUGGUGUACUUCGAGCCCAUCGACAUCUCGGCAGAGGAGGAGCAGGAGGAGGUGGAGAGCCUGAAAAGUAUCCGCAAGUACCUGACCUCCAACGUGGCAUACGGCUCGACGGGCAUCCGCGACACCCACCUGGAGCUCAAGGACCACACCCUGCUGGGGCGCCGUGGCAACCUGCACUUCAUCCGCUUCCCGACCCACGACCUGCCCACCUUCAUCCAGAUGGGCCACGACAAGAACUUCUCCACCCUGCACACCGUGCUCUGCGCCACCGGCGGAGGGGCCUACAAGUUUGAGAAGGAGUUCCGCACGAUUGGAAACCUGCAGUUGCACAAAAAAGACGAGUUGGACUGCCUGGUGAAAGGGCUUCUCUACAUCGACUCCCCCAGUUUCAAUGGCCAGGCUGAGUGCUACUACUACGAGAACGCCAUGGAACCGGAGAAGUGCCGGAAGAUGCCUUAUAACCUGGAGGACCCCUACCCCUUGCUGGUGGUCAACAUUGGCUCGGGGGUCAGCAUCCUGGCAGUGUACUCCAAAGACAACUACAAGAGGGUGUCUGGAACCAGUCUAGGAGGAGGGACUUUCUUGGGCCUAUGCAGCUUGCUGACAGGCUGCGACAGUUUUGACGAGGCCCUAGAGAUGGCUUCAAAGGGGGACAACACCCGCGCAGACAAGCUGGUAAAGGAUAUUUACGGAGGGAACUACGAACGGUUCGACCUCGGAUGGGCUGUGGCUUCCAGCUUCGGAAACAUGAUCCACAAAGAGAAGCGAGAGGCCGUCAGUAAAGAGGACUUGGCAAGAGCUACAUUGGUGACCAUCACCAACAACAUUGGCUGGAUAGCAAAGAUGUGCGCUGUGAGCGAGAAAAUAGACCGAGUGGUCUUUGUGGGCAACUUCUUGCGUGUGAACACCCUGUCGAUGAAGCUCUUGUCCGACGCACUGAAAUACUGGUCACAUGGGCAGCAGAAGGCGCUGUUCCUUGAACAUGAGGGCUACUUUGGGGCAGUGGGUGCCCUCCUUGGUCUGCUUGACGUCGAGUAGAGCCCCUGCUCAUCCACUGCUUGGCUGCAUGGGGAUGCAGUGUGGACUAUAAACCCACAGAUGAAAUGCAUGCUGUGUCAGAGGAGUGGCAGACUUUCUUCUUUAUAUCCAUAUGGCACGAGGGUGGCUGGACCUUUUCUGGAUUUUUUUUUCUAUAAAGCCUUUAAUCUGUGCUUUUUACCUUACUCUUCAUUUUCUGAAGUAGCCAGACAGCUGUUCAGAUCCCCAGCUCUCAACACCUGCAAGUCCUCACACAUCUACCUCAUGUGAAGCCAUCCAGUUUCCUAUUAGAACCGUUCCACAUCAUUGCAGUUUCAUUUGUAGAAAAGCAGACAGUGUCUCGGAUAAAUCAGCAGGUUGUGUGUGUUACAUCAUACUAAUGUAUGUUGGAGGUGUAAGAAAUGCACAUUGCUCUUACACCCACUGGUGAGACGCAUGCUAGUGGUUUGCUCUGGAGCACCUAAUGUACUUGGAACUUAGACAUGAUUCUGAGAGCUCUUGAGACAACCGGGGAGCUUUAACUCAAUUUGUUCCCUCAGUCUCCUGUUGGACCCAACAAAGUGCUAUUUUAGGUCAAAUGUCUUCCCCCUUUUGACCAUUCGAAGCACUUUUUAAAAUUAUUUGUAUUUUUUGUAAUAUAUAUGUAUAUAUAAUUUUCUAAAACAUUAAAAACUGUCUUGCAUUUUAGCACUUGCACUGUUUAAUUCUAAGUGUAGGCAGAUGCAGAUGUGUCAGGUUGUGUUGACAGACACACAUUCACUAAAGAGUUUGUCUCUGCUUGGUUUCUGGCAUGCAGUUGUGUUUUACUGUGUCUUUACAGUAUGGACAAUAACUCUGAAAUACUGGACUGUCUGGACCUCUAACUUUGAGAAUGGCUGAGUAGUCUGUACACUGUAUUUUUUUACUUGGUGACUGACAAGUAUUUAAAUUCUACUUGAGCAGCUAAAUAAGAUAAAUGGUUGUUGCUGGGAAAGUGCCAGUACUAUUUGUGUAAAGGUUUUAAAAAAAAAAAAAAAAACAUUUAAUGUUUUAAAGAGCCAAUCAAGUGUCUAAGUACUUCUUUUCUUUUCUCAUUUGUGUUAACCCUUUACUGCCCAGGGUAUGUUUCCAUACCUACUUUAAUUCCUAUGUACUCAAUGUCAAAGGGUUCAAAUGUGCAUGGUGCCUCUCUAAAGCAGGCAUCCUGUUGCAUUGUCUUUGAGAGCAAGGGAGCCCAGUCACACUCCUAGGAUAGACCUUGUGUGAAGUUUGACUCAGUAUUGCAUUGCACACCUCCACAUGUCCUCAACCAGUGCAGGCAAGAACAGUCAUGCAGUCUGUGCAUUAAGAUAUACAUUGUCUCUAAAUAAGUCUUUUGUUUGCAUGCACUGUAUAAAAAGACAUCUCUUGUUGGAUUUUCUUGAUUUUGGGUCUCAGUAUGACACCAGCCUCUUGAAUGUUGGCAAUAAUACUUUAACCCUUUCAGGACCACACUUUAUUUUUUGUUUGCCUGUGUUUUGCAGUCCGUCAUGGAGGAUUGCUAAAGCCUUUUCAGAAGAGUUAAUCCCCCUUCCCACAGCAUUUACAUUACAUUGGUUCUUUGCGAAGUAUUUGUAAUCUGGCAUGCCAUGGGAACUAUGUACAAUCUUCCGCAGUAUAAACUUGUAAGUCUAAACAGCUGAGCCAGCCUUCUGGAAAUGUGACUUUUGGAAGCACCCCAGAUAGCAACAGCACCUCUCCUCAUAUGAUGUUGUGUGAAAGAAAAAGAACUGUCAAAUUUGAGCGUUGUAAAACAAUUACAAUAUUUGUUCAGGCAAUCACCUACUUAUUAGGAGGCACUCUGUGUGCUGUAUACUGUUGGCCUGACCAGCCAUUAUCUGGUUUGGGAGAGUAGCUGCUGCAUUUCUGCCAUUCUACCAGCUGGUGUCUCUUGUGGGCAAUGCUAUAUGAGAAUAUGUACAGCGUUGUGCAUACAAUUAACAUUCAACACCUGUAUAUCUUCGAAUAUGUUUCUGCUAUGUUUUCCUAUUUCAGUUAAUACAAGUAUUUAUACAAUUACAUGGACCAUUUUAAGUUGUGUACCAGAAUUUAUCCAUCAGAUUCUAGUCUGUACUUCAUUUCUGUAAAUGAGAAUGGGACAGGGGUCUGAAUUAAAUCAAAAUUAUGCAGCAUCCAUCUCCAUUGUAAUAGCUAUAACGGCACCAUAAACAAAGUCCAUUUGUUUCCAUUGCUUUAUUAUAUGGAAUCUUGUUGGUGAUACUUCUUAACAUAUAAUACCCCUAAAAAUACCCAUUUAUGACCAGAAAGAAUCACAGGAGUUCUUGUAACUUAUAGAUGCCCGUCUGUACUGUGAAGCAAAUAGUGAACAAUGGUAAACAGUUGUAUUAUUAUUAUUAUUAUUAUUAACACAAUUUCAGUACAGUAGUACACUGCUGUAGGUUGAUCAAACUGUUAACAAUUUGCUUGGUGUAAAUUGUUUGUAGCCAUUCUGUUUUUUGAUUGUUUAGUGUAAAUGUUGUGACUCAAUUGUUUCACUACACUGUGGUCAUACCAUGGCAUUUCCUUGGUCUGUAAUAUUGGCAGUGUUUGCUGUGGGAUCCAUUUUAGGAUCUGAAUCAUUCCUACUUCUAAUCAUUGUACUGCUUUAUAUUUUCUGCAAUAAACCAUUCAUGAAAUAUG